GCUGUUUGAAAAUCUCCUAAAGAUAUAACAGUUUAAGGUUGAGGUGUACUUUUACAAAGUUAAAAAAGUAGCUUAUCAGAGUUAGUCCAUAAAAGUGUUUUCAUGGUUGUGGACUAAAUUUUAAGCACCAAGGUUAAUUUGGCAGAAUUAAACAAAUAGUUUUAGAAAUAAAGGAAAAUAUUUUAAACUAAUAUUAUAGUGUCACGUUUUGCUUUUUACCCAUUUUUUUUCUUUGUACGCACAUGACGUUCAUUGAUCCGAUAGGUGGGUUACCUCCCUGGUUCUCCUCCUCCCGUGAGCGUGCACAGGUGACGUGGAUCAGGUCGUUUCCCUCGCGCUCAUCUCCUCGCGCUCCCGCAGACUGUGCGUUGCGCGCGCAGUGACCGUACCUUCAAUCGAUCGGCGCUGCUUUGCACAGUCUGGCCCCCCCUCCUUUCCUCCAUCCCCACGCCUCGGCUGGUCACUGGGAGGAUUUUCCUCCCUCUCCAACCACUUUCCUCCUCCUUCUCCAUAUUUGUUUUCUCUCUCCUUUUUUUUUUCAAUGGGUGACUUAUUGCAAAUUUCGAGUCUGGAGCGGUUUUUUUCCAUCAUGACAGAAAUGUAAAGACUGCAUCUAUCUAUCUAUCUAUCUAUCUCCAUCCCCGCGGUGAAACCUGGGAGGAUCAUGCAACAUCUGAAGCCAUGGCGAGCUCUGCUCCUCCUGGCCGUGCUGUACCAGCCAGCAACCUCAGAGAAAUACGGUUGCCUUUUUGAGACAAAACUGUGCACAAGGGAUCAGUUCUGCUCAGAUGAUGGGCUUUUCGGUCAGUGUCGAAGCUCCAAGCAGGACCUGGUCCAGUACCAAGUAUCAGUUCCGGUACUGAAGAGGAUGCAGGAAGUUCUCAAGCAGCUCAUGCUAGAAGGGCUGUCGUGGCAGGAUGAUAUCACCCAAUCUAUUUUAUCCAAGGAGCUGAAGAGAGUUCCCCACACCACCCUUCCAUCAAAGCCAAACUCCUCUUCCUCAUCUCAUCAUUCGUCUCAAUCCAAACAUUACACUCCCCACCAUCAAAGCUCAAAGCAAGGGUCCCCGCCUCCGGGUGGAAAGUACUUGGACUACAUGAUUGUGGAGCCUCCUCAGUCCCAGAUGCACAUGCAGGCUGCAGCCUUAGACCCAUACACUUACCAGCAGCACAGGUACCAAGAUGAGGUAGAGCGAUCUCUCAUGGCAGCAGGAGGGGGUUACGCUCGCCCUCCUUCUAGAUACCAGCCCGGUCAGCGAGAGAGAGAGCGGGACAGGCAGCUGCUGCAGCAAGCUCUGUCUCUCUAUCUGGCGUCUGCCCAGCCUUCUCAUCGCCACCGAGGGGCGGCCUCCAUGGCCCCCGCAGGUCUGCCUUAUUAUGAGGACUUUGAGUUGGAGAUGCCAGUAGAUGUGGACGACUACACCUUAGAGAAAAAACUCAAUACUGCAGGUUUACAUCAAAGUCUGCCGAGCAGGAAAACAUCUCAAGACUUUAACCCCCGAUCGGGAAGCAAUGAUGACUUGCUUCAGAGGAUGUCGCUAGUCCUGCAGAGGUACAACAUUGAUCCCAGGGAGCUCAGUCAGGAGCAGCUCUACAAGCUGGCUGUCAUUCUGCAGCUGGUGCAAGGCCAGGAAAAAACAGAUCCAACCGAGAAAGACCUCAUUGCUAUCAAAGAGUUGCAGCUGUUGAAAAAGCAAAGUGUUUCAAAGCCCGAGAAGACUCUUCAUCUCGACAGCCCUCAGCAUCCCUUCUCAGCUUCCAUCCCAGCCUCACCGCCUCCCAAAAGUCCCGGUUCCCCCCCCUCACCCCCUCAGGUCCCCCCUGAACACCACUUUAAGGAGCCAGUUGUUGAAGGAGCCGGUGCCAAAGAGGAGUAUGGCUACAUCUAUACAAAUCGGAGUCCUCUGAGUCUUUAUGAUGGAGUGAAGUUAUUGGAGCUGCUGGCUGAUAAAAUACACCUGACAACCAGCAGCUUCAUCAACAUCAGCGUGAUCGGUCCAGCUCUGACCUUUCGCAUUCGCCAGAAUGAGCACAACAUGACAGCUGCAGAGGUCGCCGCAAAAGCUGUAUCGGAGAAAAACUUUCUGGAGUCUGAGACUGGCCUGAAAAUUGUACAGACUGGUGUGGGAGAGAGAACGGAUGCUCGAGGGCUUCCUCAGGUAGCCAAGGUUCCUCAGGAAUCCAAUGGGACAGUCAUCACCCUUGUUUCCAUGGCAGUGGUAGGCGGUGUGCUGGUUCUGGCCAUAGCUGUGGCUUGUUUCAAGCACUAUUCUCAUCAUGUGGCCAAUGGCAAGCUUGGUUUGGGUCCAGAGGGAGGAGCAGAAACCCACUUUGAUUACCAGGAGCUAUGUAGACAGCACAUGGCAUCUAAAUCCUCCCUGUGCCGUCAGGACUGCAUGGGAGGCGCGAGCGGAGGCAUGGCAGGGUCUGCCAUAGGAACCGGUGCUGGUGGGAGGAGGGGUACGGACACAUCCCGCGUCAGCAGUGUGUCCUCCCAGUUCAGCGAUGGCCCUCAACACAGUCCAUCAUCCACCCACAGCUCCACCCCAUCCUGGAGCGAGGAGCCAGCCCAGUCCAACAUGGACAUCUCCACUGGUCACAUGAUUCUGGCGUACAUGGAGGACCACCUGCGCAAUAAGGACCGGCUGCAGAAGGAGUGGGAAGCUCUGUGUUCCUAUCAGGCUGAGCCUUGUUCAGUAGCUGUGGCUCAGACCCCCAACAACAUGGAGAAAAACAGACAUGCCGAAGCCCUACCAUAUGAUCACUCUCGAGUGAAGCUGAAGACUGAAGUAAACCCCAAUAAGCAAGAUUACAUCAAUGCCAGUUUCAUUUUUGAUCAUGACCCUCGUCAACCUUCUUAUAUUGCUACGCAGGGACCUCUGACCCACACGGUUGCAGAUUUCUGGCAGAUGGUGUGGGAAAACGGCUGCACGGUGAUCGUAAUGAUGACCGCUUUGGUUGAAGAUGGAGAGAAGCAGAGUGAACGAUACUGGCCGGAUGAGGGCUCCUCGCUCUACCACAUCUACGAGGUGAACCUGGUAUCAGAGCACAUCUGGUGUAAGGACUUCCUGGUGAGAAGCUUCUACUUGAAGAAUGUCCAGACUCAGGAGACCAGGACCUUGACUCAGUUUCACCUGCUCAGCUGGCCAGGUGACGGCAUCCCCACCUCCACAAGACCACUGCUUGACUUCCGCAGAAAGGUGAACAAAUGUUACAAAGGUAGAUCCUGCCCGAUCAUCGUUCACUGCAGUGAUGGCACCAGUCGGAGUGGCACGUACAUUCUCAUUGACAUGGUGCUGAAUCGAAUGGCUAAAGGAGUAAAGGAGAUCGACAUUGCUGCCACACUCGAGCACAUCAGAGACCAGAGACCCGGCCUGGUUCGCACCAAGGACCAGUUUGAGUUUGCUCUGACAGCUGUUGCCGAGGAGGUGAACGCCAUCUUAAAAGCCCUGCCGCAGUGAAUGAAGUGCAGCAAGAGGACUCACCGCUGAUACACCGUGCCCAACAAAAACACAAAGAAGAAAGUAUCAUAUUGUGCGUUCAUGUAUGUCCUACACCAUCAGAAAAACAUGUCCAGCCAUGCUCAAAGCUGUCUAUCCUCCUCUGGUGUCCCAGUUUCCAACUCUCAGUUUUAUGAAAAAGUGAGGAGAAUGUUUAUGACAGGAUGAAGAUCACAUUAGAAGAUGUAUUUCUCUUCUAUUAAGGCGCCUUUUUUGUUGUUUUUGCCAAUGACAAGUUCCACCUUUAUUACUCGAGGAUGGCGCCUCUAGAUGUGAAGCUAACUGAAUUAAAACCUUUGUGCCUGUAUAAAUUUAGAUUAUAUUUCUCUCCUAAUUGUCAGAUAACAAUUAGAUAGAGAAUGGUAAACCACCACAUAACCACAUUCAGUUAAUUUCUAUCUGGAUACUUUUUUUUUGUAGUCAUGACCUCUGACCUCAAACGAUCAGUCAAUUGAUGAUUUUUUUCAAGUUUUUGGAGCUUAACAAAAUUGACAUGAGCUUACAAAAUGUUUGUGGCUUCCACCUCUCACAGUAAGGUUGAUUUUACUCAUCGUUCUGUGGAUGUUGUGUUUGUUUUGUGUCUUUUCUUUAUUCGUGAGGCUUGUGUUUGCCUUCAAAAUAUAAUGGAUGCAUUGACCAAAAAGUACUCAUUUCCAUCUGUAUUUCUGCAAGGAGUAGCUUUGUUUAACUUCUUUUGGCGUCUUGAUGAUGUGCAAACUUGUGAUUAUUGUAAAAAAAAAAAACUCAUCCUGAUGAUUGUGUUUCUUUCAUGUAGCAGACUGAUAAAAAAUAUAUAAUAUAAAAAUGUAUUUUUGACUUGACAAUUAAAUUUGUGACGUGAUGCAGCAGAAAA